AUGAUAUCUCUCUCCAUCGGUGAUCCAACGCAUUAUAAAAAUAUGCUUCCACCUAUUGAAGCUGAAGAAGCUGUGACUGAGGCUGUUCAGAAACCGACAUCACAUGGUUAUGUUCCGAGUUUUGGUUUAGAAGCAGCUCGACAAGCAGUAGCCGAGUUGUGGACAAAACCAAAUUGUCAAUUAAAAUUUGACGACAUUAUACUAACCAGCGGGUGUUCCCACGCACUUGAAAUGUGUAUCAACUGUCUCGCCAAUCCGGGUGACAAUAUUUUACUUCCUCGGCCUGGAUUUUCUUUAUAUGUGACAUUAUGUAAAUCGUUGAACAUUGAAACACGUUUCUACGAUUUAAUUCCCGAUAAAUGUUGGGAAGUGGAUCUCGAUCAUCUUCAAUCUAUGAUUAAUGAAAAAACAAAAGCCAUCUUAAUCAAUAAUCCGUCUAAUCCCUGCGGUGCUGUGUAUGGAAAAGAACAUCUGUGUUCAAUAAUUGAUUUAUGUGAGAAAAAUUGUUUACCAAUUAUCGCAGAUGAAAUAUACGCCGAUAUGUUUGAGUUAGCAUUGUUAUUUGUAUUCCUAGACGCAAUUAAACCGGGUUUGCUGGAUCUUUCAAGUCGCAUUCUUGGUCCGAACUCUAUUAUUCAAGCGGCAUUACCGUAUAUUUUAACCCAAACACCACAGUCCUAUUUUGACGAGAUUAUUACUCAAAUUCAGAUGAAUGCCCAAUUUUGCUAUGAAACAUUGUCAAGUGUUCCCGGAUUAAAACCAAUUAUGCCUAGUGGUGCGAUGUAUAUGCUCAUUGGAAUUGAUGUAACAGCAUUCAGAGAUAUCGAAAGUGACACAGAUCUUUUCAAGAAAUUAAUUGAUGAAGAAUCUCUUUCAUGUCUACCAGCAUCUGUAUUUGGAAUUUCAAAUUAUAUUCGUUUGGUACUAACAGCACCAUUCGAAAAAACUCAGGAAGCAUGUAUGAGAAUUGUUGAAUUUUGUGAAAGACAUACGAAUACAAUUUAA